GGCUCACGCCAACUCCAUGUGUCCUCUGGAGAUGCUGUGCCUAUGAGUUCACCAAAUGACACCUCUGUCUCUGCAAAGACAGAGUGGAGCAAAAGCGUGGGAACACCCAAGAUGUCCCUGGUCGCAGUGCCUUUCUACCAGAAAAGACACAAGCACUUUGACCAGUCAUAUCGAAACAUCCAAACCAGGUACCUCCUGGACCAAUAUGCAUUGAAAAAGGUCCCCAGUCUUCUUGGCUCUCUUAGGUACCGGUCUCAAGCGGCUUCUUACGGAGAAGCUAAGAGGCAGCGUUUCCUCAGUGAGCUGGCCCAGCUGGAGGAGAAUGUCCACCUGGCCCGGUCACAGGCUCGGGACAAGCUAGACAAGUACUUCCUGGAGCAGACGGUGGAAGACAAUCUGGCAUNGGAGAGACACUCAUUUGAAGACCGAAUGAGCAGGGCCCCUGAGAUCCUGGUGAGGUUAAGGUCCCACACCAUCUGGGAGCGGAUGUCUGUGAGGCUCUGUUUCACUGUGCAAGGAUUCCCCACGCCUGUGGUGCAAUGGUACAAAGAUGGCAGUCUGAUCUGCCAGGCAGGGGAGCCAGGCAAGUACCGGAUUGAGAGCAGGUACGGAGUGCACACUCUGGAGAUCAACAGGGCCAACUUUGAGGACACCGCCACCUAUUCAGCAGUAGCAACUAACCCUCAUGGACAAGUGUCUACCAAUGCCGCGGUGGUGGUGAGAAGGUACCGAGGAGAUGAGGAACCUUUCCACUCAGUAGGACUCCCAAUUGGAUUGCCCCUUUCAUCUGUGAUCCCGUACACACAUUUUGAUGUCCAGUUUUUGGAGAAAUUCGGGGUCACCUUCAGAAGAGAGGGCGAGACAGUCACACUCAAGUGCACGCUAUUGAAUGUUUUACACCAUAAAAAUGCAAUGACUUCAAGCAGAUGUGAGGUGGGAACUAACAACUGGGUUCAGUGUAACGAUGCACCAGUAAAGAUCUGCAAGUACCCCGUCACCGGACUUUUCGAAGGAAGAUCGUAUGUGUUCCGCGUGAGGGCUGUCAAUAAUGCCGGCAUUAGCAGGCCUUCCAGGAUCUCCGAUGCUGUGGCCGCCCUUGACCCUGUUGACCUCAGAAGGUUGCAAGCGAUUCAUUUGGAAGGAGAGAAAGAAAUCGUCAUCUACCAGGAUGAUCUUGAAGGUGAUGUUCAGAUUCCAGGGCCUCCCACUAAUGUCCAGGCCUCAGAGGUCAGCAGGAACUACGUUGUCCUCAGCUGGGAUCCUCCAUCUCCCCGUGGCAAGGAUCCCUUAAUGUACUUCAUCGAGAAGUCUGCAGUUGGGAGCGGCAGCUGGCAGAGGGUCAAUGCUCAGACGGCGGUGAGAUCUCCUCGGUAUGCUGUCUUUGACUUGGCUGAAGGGAAGUCCUANGUGUUCCGGGUUUUGUCAGCCAAUAAACAUGGCCUGAGUGACCCAUCAGAGAUAACACCACCUAUUCAGGCACAGGACAUGAUUGUGGUCCCCUCUGCUCCUGGCCGGGUGCUUGCCUCCAGGAAUACAAAGACAUCUGUUGUAGUCCAGUGGGACAGACCAAAGCAUGAAGAGGACCUGCUGGGCUACUAUGUGGACUGCUGUGUGGCGGGAACAAACAUGUGGGAGCCAUGCAACCACAAACCCAUUGGAUAUAACAGGUUUGUGGUACACGGUUUAACCACCGGUGAGCAGUACAUCUUCCGGGUCAAGGCUGUCAAUGCCGUGGGGACCAGCGAGAACUCCCAGGAGUCAGAGGUCAUCAAGGUCCAGGCGGCUCUCACUGCCCCCUCUCAUCCCUAUGGGAUUACCCUUCUCAACUGUGAUGGCCACUCCAUGACCUUGGGCUGGAAAGUGCCCAAGUUCAGCGGCGGCUCGGCCAUCAUAGGUUACUAUCUGGACAAGCGAGAAGUGCAUCACAAGAACUGGCAUGAGGUCAACUCUUCACCUGUCAAAGAGAGGAUCUUGACGGUGGAAGGUUUGACUGAAGGCUCCUUGUAUGAGUUCAAAAUAGCUGCUACCAACCUGGCUGGGAUCGGGCAGCCAUCCGAUCCCAGUGAGCAUUUCAAGUGUGAGGCCUGGACAGAUCCAGAACCUGGUCCUGCCUAUGACCUGACGUUCUGUGAGGUCCGAGACACUUCUCUGGUCAUUCUGUGGAAAGCUCCUGUUUACUCAGGCAGCAGUCCUGUUUCUGGAUAUUUUGUGGAUUUUAAGGAAGAGGAUUCUGGGGAGUGGAAGACCACCAGCGAGGCAGCAACUCCAAAUCGCUACUUAAAGGUCUGUGACCUGCAGCAGGGUAAGACCUAUGUAUUCAGAAUCCGAGCAGUGAAUGCCAGUGGACCAGGAAAGCCGUCAGACACGUCUGAGCCUGUGUUGGUGGAGGCCCGGCCAGGCACAAAGGAGAUCAGCGCUGGUGUGGAUGAGGAGGGCAACAUCUACCUUGAGUUUGACUGCCAGGAAAUGACAGAUGCCUCGCAGUUCACCUGGUGUAAGGCCUACGAGGAGAUUGCCGAUGAGGAGCGGUUUGAGGUUCACACGGAGGGUGACCACUCAAAGCUGUACUUUAAGAAUCCAGAUAAAGAAGACCUAGGGACAUAUUCUGUAUCUGUAAGUGACACGGAUGGUGUGUCCUCCAGCUUUGUUCUGGAUGAGGAAGAACUUGAGCGUUUGAUGGCGCUGAGCAAUGAGAUAAAGAACCCCACAAUNCCACUGAAGUCAGAAUUAGCUUAUGAGAUUUUCGAUAAGGGCCAGGUCCGAUUCUGGCUGCAGGCAGAGCACCUUUCCCCUGAUGCCAGCUUCCGGUUCAUCAUUAAUGACAGAGAGGUUUCUGACAGUGAGACGCACAGAAUUAAAUGUGACAGAUCNACAGGCAUGAUUGAGAUGGUCAUGGAUCGGUUCACUAUUGAAAACGAAGGGACCUACACUGUGCAGAUUCAAGAUGGGAAAGCCAAGAAUCAGUCAUCACUGGUGCUCAUUGGAGAUGCAUUCAAGGCUGUCCUAGAAGAGGCUGAAUUUCAAAGGAAGGAAUUUCUACGGAAACAAGGCCCUCAUUUUGCUGAAUAUCUGCACUGGGAUGUCACUGAAGAGUGUGAAGUUCGGCUUGUCUGUAAGGUUGCAAACACCAAGAGGGAAACUGUCUUCAAAUGGCUCAAGGAUGAUGUUCUUUACGAAACAGAGACACUGCCAGACCUGGAGAAGGGGAUCUGUGAGCUGCUUAUACCCAAGNUGUCUAAGAAGGACCAUGGUGAAUACAAAGCAACCUUGAAAGAUGACAGAGGUCAGGAUGUAUCUNUCCUGGAAGUAGGUGGCAAAGUGUACGAGGACAUGAUCUUAGCCAUGAGUCGUGUGUGUGGAGCCUCUGCNUCACCCCUGAAGGUUCUCUGCACUCCAGAGGGCAUCCGGCUUCAGUGCUUCAUGAAGUACUUCACAGAGGAAAUGAAGGUCAGCUGGUAUCACAAAGAGGCCAAGAUCUCCUCCAGUGAGCACAUGCGGAUUGGAGGGAGUGAGGAGAUGGCAUGGCUGCAGAUCUGUGAGCCCACAGAGAAGGACAAGGGGAAAUACACGUUUGAGAUUUUCGAUGGCAAAGACAACCACCAACGCUCGCUGGACCUCUCUGGACAAGCUUUUGACGAAGCCUACGCUGAGUUCCAGCAGCUCAAGCACAAGCUCAUUAUUUUCCAUUUCCACCUUGAUCGUGGCAAGGUGAUUGGCGGCUUACCAGAUGUGGUGACCAUAAUGGAAGGCAAGACCUUGAACCUCACCUGCACAGUGUUUGGAAACCCCGACCCUGAGGUGGUCUGGUUUAAGAACGACAAGGACAUUGAGCUCAGCGAGCACUUCUUGGUGAAGAUGGAGCAGUCCAAGUACGUCAGCCUGACCAUCCAGGGGGUGACGGCGGAGGACUCGGGCAAAUACAGCAUCAACGUGAAGAAUAAAUACGGAGGAGAGAAGAUUGAUGUCACUGUCAGCGUGUACAAACACGGGGAGAAGAUCCCAGACAUCUCACCUCCCCAGCAGGCCAAACCCAAGCUCAUCCCAGCUUCCACCUCAUCUGAUUAAGGGAAUCCCAUCUGCCCUGGGGCUGGAGAGAUGGGAGGGAGGUCUUAGGAUGUUGUAUGCUGUGCUGAGUGGGUGCCAGUUUGGCGUGAUGUCACGUGUGGCCAGACGGGCGACUGCACACUAGGUUUUUGAUCUUGCACUUUCCGAUGCAAACUAUCUGUGUGGAGGUGAAGCGAAUGUUUCUGAACAUAAGGCUGUAAGACUUGUGUGAGGCUGAGAGUGGAUGGUAGUGGAGAGUGGGCUGAGAGAGGGCAGCUGGCACAUCCAGGGUCAUGGGCAUGUGGACUGAGGCUCAGAUGGUCCUAGCAUGUGGUGGUCUGUAUAGUUAUUACCAUCCUGAGGGAAGUGGGGGGGGCUGCAGGGCACAUCUCUGGAAACCCUUUGGGGAGCCUUUGAGCAUGGUACGUGCUUACCUUUUUGUCUUGCUUUAGGCUAAUAAUAAUAAUAAUAAAAAACCAAAAGGCA